AUGGAGCCGAUCUCAAGUCUGGCUACAAAGGAGGGUUUCACAUCACUCUUCUAUGCUGCAGCGUAUGGACAUGCCCCAGUGGUUAGGUAUUUCAUUGAUGGAGUUGCCAAUGUCAGUUUUGAAAACAAAGGAAAAGAGACCCCGAUCUUCUUCGCCGCGAAAGGUGAUCAUGAAGUCCGACUCGGUCCUAGAUCGCUGUUGAGCAUGGGUGAUCAUGCAUUGGGUAUAAAGUUGCUACUCUACGCAGCCGCUAAUAUUGACCACAAAACCGGUCGGGGUCAAAAAACUGUCUACAUUCGGGCAAUCGUUUUGACUAGUAGGCAUAUCUCCAAGUCCCUUUUCGUGCGUUUCUCGACCGUGAAGUUCGUCUUUUGA